UCGUGGAAAGUCGCGAUUGGAUAAUGCUGUCGGUUUACUGCUUCUCGUGAAAUAUUUUAAUUGCCUGUUAGGUUGAUCGUGGCCGCAGCCACGUUAGAGUGUGUGAUGCUAGCAUAAAUGUUAGCAAAGUUUAAAUUAAAGUUACUAUUCCCAAACUCCAGUUAGUGGAACUAUGAACUGUGAGAGAUAUUUUAUAAUUUCCAAUAAACCGCAAUCCAUCCGGAAGGUAACUGUCCGAUAACCGUUAUCGCGAUAAGUAAGCCUAAUAGCCAUGACAGUGUAAAAGUUGGUCAAGAAACUAGGCUACAAAGAGGCUUUUUUUAUGCGUUCUCCCAAUUCGGACACAACCUAACUACAGUGAGUGCAGUGCCCGUUAACCAUGUCCGGGAAACAGAUGUGCAAACGGUGCGUGCAUUUGAUGUUCUAUUUUUGUACCGAAACAGACAUCGAUCGUGCUGGACGGCGACAUAACAUCUGAUUGGGUUCGACCGCUAGUAUAAACAAUCGUCGUAACAUUUACUGAUCAUCUAUGCUAUCAUCAUUGUGGAGGGGUGAAAACAUCUGCGAUCAUUGCGUUAGUUCCGGUUGGGGGUGGUUAUUGCAGUAGGUGGAGGAGCACCUCACAAAAAUGAUUUACGAUGGAGCGUGUGAACAAAAUCUAUCACUCAUCAAGAAAUUUUAUGUUCAAAUAUAUCAUCGCGCUACUCUGGACCGGAUUCAAUUUUUUCGUAUUCUGUAAAGCAUUCAGCAACUAUCAUCACGAUGUGGAAUACUAUUAUCUUAGCCGAAUUCUGGGGAAUGGUUUAUGCGUUUCACGUGGAACAGCACCCGUACUGAAUGUAACCAUGGCCCUGAUAACAUUGCCUACUUGCAAGACGUUCAAUUUACUACUCCACAAACUGUUCGGUCGAUGGUCUAUGCGUUUGCUGGUUCAUUAUCUGGAGAAGACGAAGGUUCUGCAUCUGAUAUUGGGAUACAGCUUGUUGAUAGUUGCGAUUGUACACAGUGUGGCACAUUUUGUGAACAUCGUUAACUUUGUGGACAAUUACGACGAACGCUAUCGGGAAAUCAACUGGGCGAAUGGGCCAGAUGACAACAUCCUGCGGCUGCUGUUCGCUACUCCUACGGGGUUUUCUGGCUGCAUCAUGCUGGUAACGCUGGUAGCAAUGGCUUACCUAGCUCGACGAUCGGUACGUGAUCGAUUUUAUAAUAGCUUCUUUACCUCGCAUCAUCUGUUUCUCGUAUUUUAUGGAAUGAUGUUCUAUCACCCGUUAAGCAACAUCAUCAAACAUCAAACCAACACCGAUAAGCAUAGGAUUAUGUGUGAUCUUGUCGAUAAUAUAACGCUGCACAGCAACGAGGACUUGCUGGUACUGUGCGAGGAACCUCCAGAAUUUGCGGCCGGUGUAAAACGGGCAUGGAUUUGGCCACUAAUAGGGCUACUGAUCUAUCUGCUGGAUAUUUCUUUCCGUUAUCUAAGCUCCCAUUCGGAACGCUACCGUGUUGCAACCGUCCAAACGUAUGCAAUGACGGGACAUGCGGUACAUCUACGGUUACAGUUUUGUAGAAAAUCCCCAGUUAAGAUCUUGCCCGGCCAGUACGUGCUGCUACAGUGUCCUGCAAUUUCGACACUCGAGUGGCAUCCAUUUACGAUAACGGAGCUACCAGUAGAGGGUCGGAACGAUAUUACACUCACGAUCAAGGUGCGUGGUGACUGGACCGAGGAGCUUUACGGUCGAGUUGCACAGCGCGAACAGUGCAAGCGAAAUCUGGGAGGUGUUGACCCGUACCGGCGGAUAGAGUUUCUUCUCGAUGGACCAUACCCUUCGGUCAUGAGUAAUAUGCUUGAUUGCAAGAGGAUUCUUUUUAUCGGUGCUGGCGUUGGCAUUACACCGUUUGUUACCAUCAUGCGGUUGCUGUUAAGUACAAAUGUCGAUCAGCCGGCUCGAGUUCAUCUCGUUUGGAUUGCACGCAGUUUGGAAACGUUUCUAUGGUUUGCGGACGAGAUUGCCCGUUUGCAGGAGAAGUUCUGGAGCCAAAAUAAACCGGAUCGUUUUUGGGUAAAGUUGUACUGGACGCAAAACUAUGAUGAACAUCUGCUAGCGGAAUGUUUUGGCGAUAUGCCAUCGAUCAAGUCACGGAUGCACCAAGGACGUCCGAACUGGAAUGAUGUCUUUAUCGAUCUAGUUACACUUUAUCCGAAAAAAUCGGUUUCCGUUUUUAGUUGUGGCCCGAAGGAGCUGACGAAAGAGAUUCGGCUAAAGUGUAAGGAGUACAGCAAGCAUGGAUGCAAAUUAAGCUACUUUCACGAAGGAUUUGGAUAGUGUUGGUGCUGGAUGAGUUGCUUUAGUUUAAAAUAUUCGAAUCCUUUUUUUAACACACAUUUUAAAUAGUAUUUGUAUGCUUUUGAUGGAUAGAAGAUAGAGCUUUUAAUGGUGCCAUAGGUUGAAUAAAAAUAGAAUCGUCUCUCUGA